AUGUGUACACUACAAUUCUCCAUACACGACGUACGACUCAAACGAGAAUCCAAGAUGGCGCACUCAGGUAUUUCUGCUGGUGCGAAGGGAAGACUUGUUGCUGUGAUAGGAGACGAGGUAAGGACCAAUUCUCUUCAUAAUCUUGUCUAGUUAUCGUCAGAAUGACUUAGGUUCACUUUUCUUGGUUAAGGACACUUGCACUGGUUUUCUAUUGGGAGGAAUAGGAGAAAUUAACGCCAAGAGACAGAAAAAUUUCCUGGUUGUGACUAAAGGUAAGAAAUUUCUCUUUGAUUGCUGGGAAUUGUGUUUAUUAACUCGAUUAAAAAAAAAGAGUAAGCUUAAGAAAUAAAUCAGACUUAGUAGGAGGAGCAAAUUGCAUUCUUUUGCAGUCUCAGGAACUUGCAACCAGGAUGCGGCAAUCAUACAACUGAUAUGGGGGAGUGUGAAAUAAUUCCCUCCAUUCUACAAAAAUCCUUAAAGAGGCGGUUUUUUUUUAAAAUAUUGAAGUGCUAAGAAUGUAUCCCAAGUGCUUUUGUUUUGCUCAGUAUCGAUAGGGUGGCAACCCCAAUUGACUCGUAGCAGAAAUUUACAAAUUAAUAUGCAACUUUUGCUUCUGACUAUGUACCGGUAAAUAUUUUUUUUUCGUUUAGUUUGGAUCCAGUUUCGCAACCGAAAAAGAGGGGUUAUUGCUAGUUUUUUAGCGUCGUUGUCGUGAUCAACCCUUACACUCACAAACCCUUACACUCACAAACCCUUACACUCACAAGAGCGAUCAGGAAAUAAUUCCUCGUUUUAAUACUAUACACUUUCAAGGAUAUAAGUGAAGAGAGUUGAGGAAACUAUCACAUAAAAAGCAUCAUCUUGCAAUAGCAGUAACUUCUUGCAUAAGAGAUAAACAACCCAUGUCAGUUCUUUCGAUAACACCCGGAACCCGCUGGAGCUCUGGCAGGUAUUCUGUUGUGAAUCGCCGCGUAUACUUUGCCAUGUCCAAGUCAAAUUUACAGAAUAAAAAGGUUAAUAAAUAAUAUAGAAAAUAACAGUCAAGUUAGUACUGGAGUAUUCACCCCAGUUAUUCUUUUAAUUCUAUAGCCUUUGUUCGUUAGAUUCAUUCUUUCACUGGCAGUUUUCUUUCUCUGCUUGUUUUGCUUGUUCUAUAAAAGUUAAUCAUGCUCAAAGUAGAAGUGUACAUUGUCAGUUACCUAAAUAAUUUUCAAACAAAUUUGUGCUGAACUAAAAUCAUUAAAUACUUUUAGAUAAAUAAAACAAAAGCAGUUCUUCUCAACUGCUGGUUAGAAAACAAACUUGAAAAUCAAAGUUAGUUAAAACAGCUUGCUUGUUAAUAGCACAUCUCUCUGAACUGGCGGAUGCUUUACGGAGGUAGCCACCUACUUCAAAUCUUAUUGAAAGCACUGCAUUUAUGUAUGUUAUUUGCCAGCUGAGAGGUUCAUGUUGGACCUUGAGACAGAGGGCUCAGUUUUUCCCAAUUUGGACCUCCAUGCUGGUGAUUAACAUUUUUAUUUUGUUCUAAAUCUUCAUGAAAUUCCUGCUAAAAUGACUGGAAUGCUUUAGAGCUGUAAUUAUGGCAAGAUCCUCCUGAAACUGAACAAUUUUUGAGUGAGAAAAUGGUAGUUAAAACAGAGAUAACACAAAUUAAAGAGAGAGACUUCACCAAGAUAAUUUUAUUUGUGUAGUGCCACUAAAAGUUGUUUAGAAGGCUUCCAAACAAACUUUGAAACAUUAUUUUUACAAGUACCGUAGUUAUUCGGUUAUAAGGCGCACUCGGCUAUAAGACGCACCCCCAAUUCAGCAACUUCAUUAUUGCAUGUUUUCAAACUGAAAAUAUCGCUAAAAUACUUGGUUAUAAGGCGCACCGUUGUUUGGGGAGUAAAGAUCAGUCAAGUUUAUUGUAAAUUCUUCCAUAAACUUACAAAAAAGCGAAAAAGUCGCGUAUUGAUUAUAGUUUACUGUUAAUUAACAAAAGCAGAAUUGUCGCAUACGCGACCAUGCGCACAAACAAAAGCCUUGAUUAAACAAGAAUUAACAUACCGCCAAGAAUGCAGGUCUCAGUGCACAAAAAAGGCUGGAUGGAUGAAGAAGGUAUUUAUCUCUUCGCUUGUUUAUUUUCGUUUCAUUUUGUGACGUAUCAAAUUACUAAGCACUUGCUCUUGAGCACGUAUCAAAUCUAUGCAAAUUUGACUUCGCUCGUCUUUUCAGAACCACCAUAUUUAUAAAAGUCAAUGACCAACACCGUGUAUCCUUUUAUUUGCUUGAAAUUAUACCAGUAACUGUGAUAAAAAAAAUUUUUUUCGGGAAAAUAUUCGCCUAUAAGACGCACCCAAACUUUGCUGGUAAUUUUUAGUAGAAAUUAGGAAUUUCUUGAAAAAAACGGUGCGCCUUAUAACUGAAUAACUACGGUAUCUGUCACAAUCUGACACCUGUCAGUUAGAAAGUGUGUUAGAAAAAACAGCAUGUACACUUUCGAAAACAAAACAAAAAACAAACAGUACUGAUUUGGCAAACAAACUCAAGUUCAAUGACUAUCAAGACAAUGUUUCUUCAAAACUAUUUAAUUAUCUUACAGAAAGUAUUAUUAUUUACUUCCAUUGAUGAUUAUUGCACAAAGAAUAGCUCUGUAAAUUCUAAGGAAAGUAUUUGUAAGUAAAUUCAAAUGUAUUUUUUGAAGUUGUGGGGGUUUGCUUAUGUGUUUGCUGCAAUGGCGCAAAUCUGGCCUGUUUCCACCAAAUAACUGAAGUCAAAUGAGACGCUUUAACUAGACCCAGGAGGAAUUUAAUUUAGCUUUUUCUUGUGGAAUUCAUUUGUCUUUUUUUUUGUGCAAUUUAUGGUGAAAAUGGUUUAACUGCACAGGUUGACUUGCAAAGACUUACCAAAAGUGUAUUUAAAGUAGGACUGAAAACUUUGCUAUAAGGAAAAAAUUGAUUGAGAGAAUUCAGAUGUUAAAUGAAUGAAAGUUCCAUCGACUAAUUUGAUUGUAAACAAAUAUCUCAUAGGUUUAACUUUCUGAGUUAGUGUUUAUGAAAGACAAAAGUUAAUUGAAAACUUUUUUUUUUAGGCUGUGUGUCAACCCAUUUAAUGACACAUUUGCUACCACAAAUUCAUUUUGAAAAGAAUUUUCAGCUGGCAACCAAAAUGAUUUGAGAGUGAGAGAAGAGACAACUAAUAAGUUAUUAAUUGGCUUGAUUUGCUUUGAAAUACUUUGCUUGAAAAUAAUGCCCAGCUGGAAAAAAAAUUAUUUAUGGAGAAUGGCAACAAAGCAAGGGAUGUUCUUGGUAUGGACCAUGCUAAGAACCAGUCAGAUUGCAAGAUUUGUUACCGUGCCCUCUGAGAUAAAACUAAAUAUAUUUAUGAGUCAAGAUAUCUACUUUUCAGGUCUUCGCAGUGGAAGGAUAAACUUUUUUAUUAUCUUGUAUCUUUUUCUUGUUUGAAUAACUUUUCAUUUGUUCUCUACAGAAACUUCAGUUAGUGAACUUGAAGAAGCCUUUCAGCAGUUUACAAAUAGAAGUGAUAUUGCCAUUCUUUUGAUCAAUCAAAAUGUAAGAAGUUGAUUUUUUUUCUUUAAGAGGUUAAAUCAAGAUAGUGACAAAGUUCUACUAUUGACAAUGCUUCUUAUUUGGUCCUUAGAAAAAGUGGCAUGAAACUGCUAUAUUCCACUAACCAAUUGGGCAACAGCACCACAACUUUUCUUACUUUCUGUGGCAUAAAGCGACAAGAACUCUUGCCACUUUUCUAGGAUGGGAUGCUACUUCACUGUAGACUACUCCAUCAACAGCACUUAAUUAGCUAUCCUUGAUAGUUUUCAGGUAACACUGGAGAGAGGCAGUGUAGGAACCCUUUUAAAACUCAAACCUGGGUAUUUCAAUUCAGAGGCCUUCCCUGCCAACAGGCUCCCUUAGCAUCCCAGUCUUUUCUGGCAUUAAAUAGACAGUUUGAUUUACACUUUAUUUUUUGUGACAUGUUGUUUAGCUCAAGCUGUUCUGUUUGAUUAAAAGGUGUGAUAAAAUGAAAUAAUGAAUUUCAGCUAGUGGUUUUAUAGGCAGGCAGCUCUGUUUCUUAUUUUGUUAGUUCCACUGCCUUCAUUUUGUUGAUCAAACUUUUCCCAAAAAACCCAUCAGCUUUUAAGGCUACUAAUCAUUAGGGUGAAGCACCUCCAAGUUAAAAGAGGACAUUGAUUACCAUUGUAUCUUUGUAUUGUUUGUUCUCCUGAUCAUGUAUUUUUUUUCAUUGUUCAUUUUGGUUUAAGAUUGCUGAGGAGAUCAGGCAUAUUCUUGAUAAUUAUGAUAAAGCUAUUCCAGCUAUUCUUGAGAUUCCAUCCAAGGAGCAUCCAUAUGACCCAUCUAAGGACUCAAUAUUAAGAAGAGCAAAGGUAUCUAGUUGACGCAUUUUCUCCUCAAUUUUGGAACGUAUAUUUGUUAGUUAUUAUCUGCUUAUGUGCAUAUUGUGCCAAAAGUUAUAAUCACUCAAUGCUUUUUCAUGCAAAAUGUCCUCCCCUUUCUCUUUUGUUAGAAAAAUAUCCUCAUUAACUUUCAUAAACACUGAUUUAUGUACUGUCAGAAACAUGUUUAUGUAUGAUACUUAAAAUGGUUUAAAGUAAACUUUGGAAAUAAACCCAUGAAUAAGAAUUUCGUGGUUAUUUCCUGUUAGCUGACAAUAUAGUGAAAAAAAGUGCAUAGUUUGGGACUUUCCACAAUUCAUUGUUGUUUGAGAAAGAAAUAACAAGCUUGUUAAAAACAACAACAAAAACUUCUAGAUGACAUAUGUAUGUAUCAGGAAAUCAACUCAGCUAUAAUCUCUUUGAUGGCUAAUGAGCUAUUCUUAAAGGCAUUUUAAAAGAAAGUCAUGUAAGUAAACAUCAUUACUUUGGAAGGGAAGUCAGACUGAGAGAAAAAUCUAAGUUUGCUCUGAUUUAGUUGACACUGAGCACAGCUGUGUGCUGUAUUUAGAAUAUAAUAAAUGAUCCUUUGCCAAUUUCAACAUUUCAUAAUCCAAUUUACUCUAAUUGUCAAACUUUAUCAACUUGUGGGUCUCCCGAUUUCAUUAUUGAGCCUACUAUAAUACGCAGGGGCUAUAUGGACACCUGAGCCAAACUGUAAACAAGCAAUUUUUCCUUUUUGCUUUUCAAAAGUCUCAGUACCACCAAACUAGACGACUCAGAUCAGUGUAUAAAAAAUGCUUUGUUUAUGACAUUCUGUGCCUCAUUCAAUACUUACCUAAGAAAAGCAGCCCACUCACUGCAUUUAUUCAUUCUACUUAAUUUAAAAGUGAAAAUUGUUUGUGUGCAUUUCCCAUGGUGUAAUCUGUACAUCUGAACAACAGUUUAAGUCAGAUUGAAGCUGAAAUCUCAGGUCAUGUAGUAAUCUAGUACUUUCUCUCUUCACUGUUAGGGUUUAUUCAGUGCAGAGGACUUCAAGUAGUUAUCCUGAAAUGCUGCUUACAAGAACCAGUUAUGAAGAGAAUGAAUUAGGAAAAUUUGUGGAAAACUUAAUUGUUAUUUAACUAUCAAUAAUCUUAUUAUUUUGAUGGGAAGCUUGGAAUUUGUACCUCUAAAAAGGUACAGUUUCUGAACGGUGUGAAAAUAUCAGUUAGAUGGAUCUCAGUCAAAGUAUAUUGCAAUAACUCUAGGAAUGGAAUACUUACUGAUGGACUAACACCUUUGGCUGAAAAUGCAAGACCUAAAUAGGAAAUGGGAAAGAAAAUCUGAGAGUAAAACAAUCAGAAACAGCAGAAAACAGAUGAAAAUGAGAGAUCAUGAACAGACUGUCAAAGAUAUGCUGUGUUUCUUAUACCAGUCCCAAUAAGUGUUCAGUGAAAACUUAACGGUUUAACUCCCUUGAGUUGCUGAGAUAAAAAUUGCGCUUAGAAUACCAAUACAUUGUCAAUUACAUAAUUGAUGAGAAUAAAGAAAUUUAUCAAUAUGGGG